GAUUCCUAAUCAAAGAAGCACUUACAGCCUCUCAGUAAACAUAUACCCGAUAUCGGACACUUUAUUAAGGAUCUUUUGUUUGUACACCAGUUCUUACCGGCAAGUCUUCCUGUUCACUUGAUCAUGUGAUAUAGCCUAUCCAGUUUAUGAACAUAGUUUCCUGGAUUCUUAUGCAUGAUAAUUGUCAAUAGGCCUAGGUCUUUGAAUCCAUAUAGCGCUUGCGUUAUUAGCUGCUUUUUCCCUUUUUUUAAAUGGGACUAAGAAAUACCAAGCCAUCUGCCAAAAGCACGGAACACCUGGAAAACAACGCAGUGGAAAAGAAGAAAAGAAAAAGUAUAAUUUUAUUGCGGAGAGAAUCAACUUUUAACCCGGCAAACAAGUCCAUUUCGGAUUUCGAUGUUGCCGCGACACCCCCUGUUAUAACGGAUCUACAGCGAGAUAUCUUAGUCGAGUCUUUUUCCACUCUCAAACUUCACAUCUCUCAAAUCGGUGUUCUGCUUUUUAUGGGGUUAUUUGAAACACACCCCCAAAUUCAGGGAUUUUUUGGCAAUUUUAAAGACUGCCCACCCGAAAAUCUUCCGGAAAGCAAAGAACUGCGUCAGCAUGCACUACGCGUGAUGGGUUUUGUGGAGAAAUGUAUCAGCCGAAUAUAUAUGACCGAUAAACUGGAUGCUAUAAUAAAGGAGCUGGGUGAACGCCAUGCAAGUUACGGGGCACCGUCAGAAUUUUUCCCGUUUGUCGGACCUCAAUUUAUCUGCGCAAUUCGCCUAUCUCUGCAAAUGAAGUGGGAUGAUGAAACAGAAAACGCUUGGUUGGCCUUAUUUACUUACAUCGCCCACGGAAUGAAACAAGCAGCUGCUAUCUAAGCCAGAUGCACACAAUAUGAAGUACCGAUCCUCAUCCACUUAAAUUUGAUAAAUUGCUUCCUCCUAUGAAGCCAAUUGAAAUUGAAAAUUGGUGCACAAUUGAGGAUUUAUCUUUUUAUCACGUUGCUUGAUACUGUGUGCGUUGCAGUAGUAUGCACAAGAUCACAACAAACACACUUCUUUGAGUAAUUUUGUAUUAUCAUUAGUUACGAUUUCACUGG